ACGCCAUUAGGCGUGCCGCUAGGUGCCACUGUCUGCGAGGAUCAGGAUUGCCUUCAUGGUGCGGUCCGCCUAUAAAACCUUAAUCAUCGUAAAUAUCCCACUUGUAUCCAGCCUUUCUUUGCCGUACAUCGUCUCCUUUUUCUGGUCUCGAGAUGCCGUUUUCAAGGCGCUCCGCCGCCUCGACCUUGCUUCUUUCCUCUUUGGCAUUAGCAGCCGUCACGGGCCCCGUCAUAAACGCAAACUUCCCGGAUCCAGCGAUGAUCCAGGUGGGAGGAACCUCAUACGCGUAUGCGACGAACAACAUCGGCGGGGCGAUUAACGUUCAACUUGCCACCUCAUCCGACAACGGCACGACUUGGGCGCUCACCAGCUCUGACGCGCUCCCAGACGUAGGUCCAUGGGCUGUAACCGGGUCGACAUGGGCACCCGACGUUGUGCAGAGGGAUGAUGGGACCUUCAUCCUGUACUACGCCGCCAAGGACCCCACAGUCACCGACCGCCUCUCGCACUGUGUCGGUGCGGCAACCUCGACGAAUCCCAAGGGACCUUUCACGCCACAAAGCGCACCCAUCUCGUGCAAUGCCGCAGGAGGCGGAUCCAUCGACAUCUCCGGGUUCCAGGACACAGAUGGGACACGCUACGUUGUCUACAAGGUCGACGGGAGCGCACUUGGCGGAGGUGGCUCCUGCGGGAAUGCCAACGGCGCAUACGCGACACCCAUCAUGCUCCAGCAGAUGGAAGCCGACGGCGUCACGCCAACAGGUAAUCCCCAGCAGAUCCUGGACAGAAUCGAAUCAGAGGACGGGCCCCUCGUCGAGGCGCCCGUGGUUAUCCUGAAAGACGGAAACUACGUCCUGUUCUACAGUUCCCACUGCUUCAACGACCCCGCGUACGACAUCCGUUAUGCGACCGCGCCGAGUGUCGCGGGCCCCUACACACGCAAAGGCGCUAUCAUCUCCCCAGGCGAUUACGGCCUCGUCUCGCCCGGCGGCGCGACGCCGCUGCCCAGCGGGGACUUCAUGGUUUUCCAUGCGCAGAUAAACGCCGACCCGCUCACGCGUGCGAUGUACACCGCGACACUGACCUGGGAUAACCCCUCGGUGGCGUAGGCUUUGGAAUAAAGUACGUGCUUGUACGUAGAGCGAUGUGUAUUCUUCAGAUUUAGGGCUGUAUGGGCUUCAAUCAACUUGCCUUCUCUGGGUAUUCU